AUGGGCAAAGCUUCCAAAUGGUUCCGUGCCGUUCUUGGCCUCAAAAAACCAGAACCACCACUAGACCACCCACAAACAACUCGUUCUAAAGAGAAACGGAGAUGGAGUUUUGUCAAGUCCCACCGUGAAAAAGACCACCACCACCACCAACAGCGACAUCAAGAGACUGAAGCCAUUAAAACUGGUGUUUUGUACGAGCAGGAGUUGGAGGACCCCAACAAGCAUGCGAUCGCUGUUGCUACUGCUACUGCUGCAGUUGCGGAGGCUGCGGUUGCUGCCGCUCAGGCAGCUGCCGAGGUUGUGAGACUUACGAGUAGUGGGAGGAGUGUUACUAACAGUGUUGCGUACGUUAGUGGGAGUCUUGGCUUGCGUGACGACUUCGCUGCUGUUAAGAUUCAAGCUGCUUUUCGUGGCUACCUGGCAAGGAGAGCAUUGCGAGCAUUAAAAGCAUUGGUGAGGCUUCAAGCGCUGGUAAGAGGGCACAUUGAGAGGAAGCGAACUGCAGAGUGGCUUCAAAGAAUGCAAGCAUUGUUGCGAGCGCAGGCACGAGCACGUGCAGGACGUGCCCAAAUUUCUGAAUCUUCUCAUUCAAGUGGCAAAUCUUCUCACUUUCACCACCUUGGUCCGCCAACCCCAGAAAAAAUAGAGCAUGCCAUUGGUUCAAAGAGUGGAAAAUACGAACAUUCAUCAAUGCUUAAGAGAACUGGGUCAAAAUCUAAAGGCAGAGCAAUUGGUGAUAAAGAUGUUGACCACUUAUCAUUCAAUUGGUCAGAAAGUCUAAUGGAUGAUCGAACUUGGGAUCACCAAGUCUCUUUGGCGGGAACUGGCGCUAUAGAUGAUGAUAAGAGUGACAAGAUUCUUGAGAUCGAUACUGGAAAACCCCAUAAUACUCCUAAACGUAGAAAUCUCUUCCACUCUUCUCACCUUUCCUUGUCUGCGGAUCCAUAUAGUCAUAGUUUCACUACUUCAAAAGACUCAGCAGCCCAUCAAACAGUUCCAAGUCCCUCAUCUUGUGAAGUUCAAUCUUUAAGUCCGUUGAAGUUCUCUCAUGAAGUCGAGGAGGCAUUUCGCACUGCUGAUAAUAGCCCACAAUUCUACUCUGCAUCAUCAAGGGGUGGUAGUGGUAAGAGAAGUCCCUUCACUCCCAGUAGGAGUGACGGCUCAAGAAGCUUCCUGAGUGGUUAUUCUGGCCAUCCAAAUUAUAUGGGUAACACUGAAUCUUCAAGGGCAAAGGUGAGAUCUCUUAGCGCUCCAAAACAAAGACCCCAGUACGAGAGAUCCAGUUCAACCAAGAGAUACUCAGUUUUCGGCUUUGGUGAACCAAGAUCGAGUAGUACACAGCGUGCUUCUGCCUUGCGUGCAAGUUUUUCAAGCAAAGCUUACCCUGGAUCUGGUCGCUUGGACAGGCUGGGAAUGCCUAUAGGGCAGAGAUACUGA